AAAAAGCAAACGGUGAGAUUUUAGGGAAGCAGGUUGACGAUGCUUAAAUUUUUACUGAGUAUUUCUCAUAAAAUUUAGCUACUAUUUAUUAUUUCCUCGUUUCUAAAUUUCCUGUUUGCCCUCCGUGACAAUUACUCAGAUUUAGUUGGAUUUUUUCUAACAUUCCAGUGUUGUUUACAAGAGAUUAUUUUUUCGAUACCUUUAUGCAGAAGUGGAUUUCUUUCCAAUAAUGGGAGAAAUAUUGUAAACACAGACAUUUCCGUUUAUGGGUUGAAAAGUUCACGGCUUGGGAGCCACGGUUUUGUCUCGAUUUGUGCGAAUCAGUAACUGUACAUUAUUCUAUUUUGCAAAUUGAAGAAGGAUAUUGAGUUUGGUUUUGUUCUUGAAUACGAAACGAAGGAAAAAUCAUCAUCAAUCCCGUCUUAUUAUCUUAGUUGAAGAGCGUAUGACAACAGUUUUGCACUUUCUUGAAAGCUUUAGGUAUUUUGAUACAGCUACAGAGUUUUUAAGUUGUUAGCUAACUUUGCUAAAACAAACUAAAACUACAAAGGAAUCAUAUGCGUGUAAACAGUAACAAAUAUUCCUGUUAAUGCCCAUGGACUCGAUGUCUUGCUUAAAUGGGCUGUGCACCUAGCAUUCACGUCUCUCAAAGUACUGGCGUUGUUUACUGUAGAGACGAUUCCAAAGAUUCCCAUAGUGGAGUACCUGUGUGUAUUUCGAAAAAGUUAAGUUCAGCUUCUUUGAGUAUAUCAGAAGUUGUCAGUCACAUACCUGGAUCUCAUAGGGAAUCAUUGACUACAGAAGUUCGUAUUACUCGGUAUCAAGGAGGCAAAGGUGAUUCUUUAAUCACAACAACUACACAGGCUUGGGUUACUGCUGAAGGAAAACAAACCCAAACUGAUCAAAUGCUAAAAGGAAUGGACAAGGCCAGCAAGUCUGAACUGCAGCUUGGACCAAUGAAAGUAUACAAGCAUCCUAUGGAGGUUUUACUAAUAUUUGGUUCAGACGAUGGUCAAUCAGAUGCUUUUAUAUCUGGUGCCAAACGAGGAGGUUAUAAAUACAAGUUGCAGUAUACUACAGAGACGGCUAUGGAUUAUUACCUAAAGAAAUUACCUGAACUUGUUAUAAUUGAUUUGCGUUCAAAUGUGUAUUUUGAUGGCGAAACUCUGUGUCGAAACAUUAGAUCAACUAGACCCAAUGUUAAUACUGUUAUUGUUGGUGUGACAAAAAAAAAUGAGCAAGAAGAUAUAUCCAUAGUUUCCCUUCUAAAAUGUGGCUUCAACAGGAGAUUUGUGGAAGAUCAUAACACUACAACAUGUCUUAAUGAAUUAAUAAUGUUAGAUACUGGAGAGGUAUCUUCACAAUGUAAAUUAAGGGCGACGUCCUGUUUAUUCAGUGCUGUCGAGCAUGCAUACGAUGCAAUCGAAAUACAAUGUGUAGAUCCGGAGAAAACAGAAUUCCAGUAUGUUAACCCAGCUUAUGAAAAAGUUACUGGCUACUGGCGGAAUGAAGUAGUUGGAAAUUCAAAAAAUAAUAUUUUAUCUAACUGUGAAGUACCUAAACCAGAUUCUCAUGAAAACAUAUCAAAACUCUUGAGUAAAGGCAAAACAUGGGAGGGAGUGUGCAUUGCACGCAAAAAGAGUGGUGAACAGUUUGUACAGAGUUUAAAGAUUGUUCCAAUAAUAGGGCAUGCUGGUCGUGUCACACACUAUGUUGUGGUGAAGCGUGAUUUGUCAGCCAUGGAGAAAGAUACCCAGAUACAACAAAUGCAUCAGGAACUACGAAAGGUUCGAAUAGAACGUGGUCCAGAUAAAGCUGUACCUGCUACCUUCAGUAUCACACAUAAUACAGCUCACGUUACAGUAAACUCGUUGUCAAUCAAAGCUGAGGCUCCAAUCACUAAGGUCAUCAACAUGUUGAACGCAGUACAAGAAGAUAGUCCGCUAAAUGUGGUGCAAGUUCUAGAAAAAGUUAUUGAUAUUUUGAGGACGACAGAAUUAUAUACGCCGUCGUCACUCGAUCAGGUUGAAGAGAAAGGAAUUGAACGUGAUUUAGUUGAAGGACUGAUGUGGAACUUCCGUGAGAGGAGACACUCCGCUGAUAGCAAUGUUAAAGGUUUUGUACAGCGUGAUUCGAAUUUAAGCACCAGCCUGAUACAUGGACAGAAAGUGUUUCAAGUUACGCAAGCACCUCCAGAUAUUCAAGAGGUGUUACAAAACGACGACAAGUGGGAAUAUGAUAUUUUAAAAUUAGAAAGAGUCUCAAAUAAAAGGCCAUUAUAUUAUUUAGGUCAAACGAUAUUUAAUCGAUUUAACGUAGGGGUCUAUUUAUCAAUAUCAGAUACCGUAGUUAGAAAUUGGCUUCAGUUAAUUGAAGCAAAUUAUCAUAUGCAUAACGCUUACCACAAUUCAACACACGCGGCCGAUGUUCUGCACGCAACUUCAGUGUUUUUACAACGAGAUGAUGUUAAAAACACACUGGAGAGAUCUGACGAAAUUGCUGCGUUAAUUGCAGCCGUAGUACACGAUGUAGACCAUCCAGGGUUUACAAAUUCAUUUUUAUGUAAUGCUGGUAGCGAACUGGCUGUUCUAUACAAUGAUAUCGCUGUGUUAGAAAGCCAUCAUGCUGCAAUGGCGUUCAAAUUAACGUCCAGGGACAUGAAGUCAAAUAUCUUUCAAAAUUUGCAGCCAGAUGAGUUUAAAUUGAUUCGACAAUCAGUAAUUGAUAUGGUGAUGGCUACAGAAAUGAAACAACAUUUUGAACAUUUAGCCAAAUUUGAAAAUAAUUUUAAUAAAAGACACACCUCGCACGAGGACGGUUCUGCUAAUGGUCGUGCCACUCCAGAGUCCAUAUCUUCGUCUCAUUUAAAUAUUCAGUCACCGGAAAAUCGAGCCAUUGUCAAGCGAAUGAUUAUCAAAUGCGCUGACAUUGCAAAUCCAGCUCGGCCUACCUUACUAUGUCGUGAAUGGGCUUACAGGAUAGCUGAAGAAUAUUUUAGACAGACGGAAGAAGAAAAGAAGCGUAAUUUACCGAUUGUCAUGCCUGUCUUCGAUCGAAACACGUGCAACGUCCCAAAAUCACAACUCUUCUUUAUCGAUUAUUUUGUAAACAAUCUGUACAGUGCAUGGGAUAAAUUUGCGCAAGUGCCAGAGGCCAUGGAAUGUCUCCGUGCAAACUAUGAAUAUUGGAGUGAUGAAGCAGACAAGCUGGAAAAAGAGAAAGAAUCGGUUGGAAACGGUAACAGCGAUUCUUAAACAGAAGAUGAUCUGCUUUUUAAUUCAGCAGUCAUCGUUUCAACACACCAUUAAGCUAAGUGGCUCGCCAUUUUUUCGGACGGCUCAAUUCUAGUCUGACUCUCCUGCUUAUUCGCGUCUCAGUAUUCUUCAGCGGGUUCAAAACCCGUAAAAGAGAAGCCAAAGCUGCUGCGUAGAAGAGACUUGACAAACAUGGAACGCUAUAAAGAGAAAAAGGAUAAUUUAUGCAAUAUGAGAGCGUUGCGUGAUUGGUCACACUAAAACGUUUGAUGGCUCGUCUUGGUAUCACGUGGUGCAGAGAAUUUAAAUUAUCGCUAAAGAUAUAAACGAGAAAGCGGAAAUAAAAUUUUAUUAAAAAAAAGUAUUUAUCUGUUGAAAUGUGUAGAGAAAUGAAGGGAAAUUUGCCCCUUCCCUACAUAAAAAGUAUAUAGAAAUUUUUAUCUCUAUAAUACUAAGCUUGUCUGUUAAUUGUUUCAUUAUUAUAUAUGCUCAAAAAAUGUACAAUUAUCUCCCCUGUAUCCAUUUGAUAAAAUUUACCACCAAAAGAGUAGUUGAUUUUCUCUGAAAGAGGUCCUUUGUAGAAAAGUCGUUAUUGAAUCUUGUAGUUCUUUUUUUUUUUGAAGAAGAUGAGAAAUGUGUACCUUUUCCUUUCACCAAAGAUUUCACCAAACUUCGACAUUCUCUUUAAGUAGCUUUUCGUACUAAUUUUUAGCGCGUACUAUUUUCAAAUUCGCAUAAAAAUCUGAAAAAGCGUAAAAAUUAGUAGAUAUAUUUAUCUCGUUUGUUUCUCGUCCCAAGGGCUCUUCUAUGUCUAUAAUGGGACGGCGCGCUGAAUCGUUCUUGCUUUACUGAAUUUGAUAGGCUAUAAAUUAGUACGAAUCAGAUGAUUGUAAAUUAUUUUACUGCGAUUCUUUUAAACCUUUCUGUUCUACUGCUCCUACAAGUUUAUGAUGCUUUGCGAGAAAGAAUACCUGCCAGAAAGCUUAAUAUGAGAAAGUUAGUUGAAAUUAGUCUGUUGUCUCGCUUAUUUACUUUCUUUUCACAAUCUAACCUAAGGUAUUGCUUGUUAUCAGUUUGGUUUAACGAGGUAUUUUAGAGAAUUUGUCGGUGUUUUUAUCGUGUGGAUAUUAUGUAUAUGUUUAUCUGCUAAUAUGCACCGCUGUAUAAAAGAAA